GCCCGCGCCGGCGGCGCAGCGCUGCUCGCGGGCGGAGGAGGCUGCCCAGCGCGCGCGUCCGCGCGCGGUGUGCGUGGGCAGAUGGCGCUGCGCAGCCCGCCGGGGUCUGCGCGCAGCUAUGGUCAGGGGCCGCGGGCGCUGCGGCCCAGCCCGAGGAGCUUGCCACCGGCGUCUGGGCGCAGAUCCAGGUCGACAAGGGGUAGCGGACGGGGAGGCGGCAGGCUGCGGCAACUGCGGGCGGCCGGUGGAGGCGCACGCCAGGUUCUGUGCGGGCUGCGGCGCCCAGGCCGGCGGGCAGCAGGUGCAGCUGCAGUUCUGCACCUGCGGGCGGCUCCUCUCCGCCCACGAGCGCUUCUGCGCCACCUGCGGCCGCCCCGCGGCGGAGGAGGGCCACGCCCCGCCCUCCCGCCGCGCCUCCCGCAGCCCCUCCCCGCGCUCCGAGCUGGGGGCCUCGCCGCGGAGCUGGAGGGCGUCGCCGCGGGGCCUCACGCGUCCCCCCGGGCGCUGUCCCCGAGGACUGUGGCCAGCAUACUUAGCCAGGUCAGCCCUCGCAGCCCGCGCAUGGGCAGGCGCGGCCGCCCCGAUUGGGUGCCGCCUCUGUCGGCGUACGGGGCGCGGUCCCCAAGGGCGGACACGCUCGGGAACGGCAUCCCCGAGUACCAGCAGGAGGAAAGGCCUCACAUGUGGCCCUCGGCCUGGCCGGGCACGCCGCCGAUGAUGAUGAUGCUCCAGCCUUCGCCUGGAAGGUCUGUCAGAAGCCACUACGCCGCCUCGUCGGCGGCGACUUCCGUGGAUGACCUCCAGAUCGUCCCGUACAGCGGCGAGGCUCCACGAGGGAAAAAUAAGAGACAUCAGCUGCCGGAGAUCCGCGCGGAUUUCGUCGACUUGCGCUGGAGUCCCCUGGCGUUGCUCCUAGCGCCGCCCCUCGCGCCCUCGGCGCGCCAGGGAGGGGGGGGGCCAGUGCAGAUUCAAGAAAUCCACGCGGACCUCCGACAGCUUUUGCUUCUGCUGUUUUUGUUUUUCCUCUACAGUCGCAGACCAGCGACGCCCCGUCCAUCCCACCCACGCCGCAGGAGAUCCGGGCUAAACGCAAUAGUCAGUUCACCCCGAACGGCCCGGUGCUCACCCCGAACGGCCCGGUCGUGGGCAUGGCGAUGUUGGAGGACGACCCAGAGAUGA